GUGCCAGCCGCAGAUAUCAAUCGUCCGACGGCACCUUUUCAACAUAUUGUUUUCUCACUAACCUUUCGCGAGCUCCCACAAGUCCAUCAGCUAACGUACACCUGGUGGCGACCGUGCAUCUUUGCUGCUCGCGGGAGCAUCUGAGCGCAACAAAGUAGUAUGAUUGCUGAGUAUCUUCCGCGCAGUCCGGAGAUACAUCUUGGCUCGCCGUUCUCUCGCCAGGCGCGCUCAGGCCAGUACUUAAUUGAUUGCCCGCACCUGCGGAAUGAAGAGACCACCUACGCUGUAAGGUCGAGCACCAAUGGAGACGCUGACUCCGAGUGAAGUCCAAGCCCUGCUACGUAUCAUACCCGUUGGGGCGCCAACGCUCGAGCUGUGGUUCAAUGGUGUAUACGCAUGCCUCACCGUGUGCACCUGCUGGGUCAUCGCUAAGCAUGAAAAGACCAUCACGCGCAAGCUUGGCUGGAUUGCCGCCGUGCUCACGAUGUAUAUCCUUUCUGCUAUCCAUGCCAUCCACGCCAUGAUCUUCUUAUUAGCCAACCUCGUUGACAACGCUGACUCCCCUGCUAUCUUGUCCGCGUUGACUAAGCAGGCUCGUUGGUUCGCCGCUACAGGAGUCACGGCCGUUCUCGUCAUUCUUUUCAUAGCUGAUUGCAUAUAUAUAUGGCGAUGCUGGGUCGUGUGGGGAAAGCAAUGGGUGGUAAUCGCUUUGCCUGUGAUGUGCGUCAUCACAAGUAAUGUGCUGGCUAUCAUUGGCAGCAUCGUGCAGGUGGACGCCGAGACCGGCCCCACGAGGAGCGAACCGAAACUGGCCCACCUGACCGCGACAUAUUAUGUCCUUGAGCUGGCCCUUACCCUUUACCUGACGGCCUUCAUCACCGGCAGAAUUAUCAUCACUCAGUUCCAAUUCCCGCUGGCUGAAGCGCGUCGCGAAUUCGCUAUCCGGUACUCCCGAGCGAUAGAAAUCAUUGUCGAGGGCUGCGUACUUUACUCGGCCCUUUUCCUCGCGACCGUGGUCUUUACAGCACGCGGAGACGAGCGAGCUUCCUGGCCUAUUGCUCUAAUGCCCCAGCUGGGGGGUAUCAUCCCCACACUCCUUCUGUUCCGCGUUGCGACGGGCAUGACAAGGCCUGACUCGUCGUGGAACGGCGAGUUGAGUCUAGGCAACGUGGUAUUCAGGGCUACACGAACCGGGCGGACGUCGAUGACUACCGAAGCGGCUAUGUUUGACACUAUCCCACAGACUGGUUGUGAGGCAUGCUCUCACGGAAUCGCGUCUGCGCACCUUCCAUCCAACUCGCACCACUCGUCGGGAACUUUGGCUCAGGGAGAAGAGAAAUCUGAAGGGGGCGAUGAAUGUUCCGUCUGAAAAUUUUAUCGCCCGGGAGGCACCAAGACAUCCCGGGCCGUGCCAACUUUUGUGUAUGCGACUGCUUUCUCUUCCGCACUUGGCGUUAAAACUUAGUCUAGGAGCUGCCGUAAAUACUGAGCAUGAGCUAAGAUAUUUACAUCGCCUUCUUGUUGUGAUC